GUGAGUUCAGUUGUGUUGAUGGCGAAGGUGGUGUUAGUAGUGUGGUUUGGAACUUGACGCUGAAAUGUGUUUUGGAAUGUGAGAGUCACGCGAGUGUUAAUGUUGAUAGCCUGAGCAGAAGUAGUGCAACAGUGACUGUAGCUGCAGUGUGACAAUAAUGUGAAGAACAAGAAAUGUAAUGUGCCCCGAAACAGUGUACUGAAAUUUGUUGGAACGAUGAAUGCCCAUGUAAGUCGGUGGCUUUUGUGGAACUGGGCAAUUACUUUAGUCUCCGUAUAUGCAUCUCAACACGGAGGAACAUCGAAAAUAACUGACACCGACACCCUACCACACCAUGGAAGAUGUGAGCCCAUAACUGUUCCAUUUUGCUUGGAUUUGCAAUAUAAUACGACUAUCAUGCCGAAUAUGUUUCAUCAUCAGAAACAAGAAGACGCUGGAAUGGUUGUUCACCAAUAUUUUCCGUUAGUGAAAGUGAAAUGUAGUCCAGACUUGCAGUUCUUCUUGUGUUCAGUGUAUGUUCCUGUGUGUACUGUGCUGGAUUAUCCCCUUCCUCCAUGCAGAUCACUUUGUUUAUCUGCUAGAAGUGGUUGUGAGGACCUAAUGAACAGAUUUGGUUUUCAAUGGCCAGAGGAAUUAGAAUGCUCACGCUUCCCUGAUCAAGAUGAACUUUGCGUUGGGGAAAAUAACACAAAGAAAGAAACGAAUAACCCGUCUGGCUACCCACUCGAUACCACUGCUGUUGGUUCUAAUUCUGUACUCGACGAUUUAGGCCCAAAGUUUCCAGUUGGAGGAAAAGAUCGCGGUUUCGUUUGCCCUCUUCAGUUUAAAGUUCCCAAAAUGUAUGGUUAUUCGUUGAAAGUUGGUGACAAAGUUGAAGAAGAUUGCGGUGCACCCUGUGACGGCAUGUUUUUCACAAGUGACGAGAGGAGUUUUGCCCGUGUGUGGGUAGGCGUGUGGUCAAUCCUGUGUGCAAUAUCUUGUUUAUUCACUGUACUGACGUUCUUAAUUGACACAGAUCGCUUUCGGUACCCAGAAAGACCAAUCAUAUUUCUUUCACUGUGUUACCUCAUGAUAGCUCUGGCGUAUGUAGUGGGCUUUGCCGCGGGUGACUCUGUUGCGUGUCGAAGACCAUUCCAGGCACCUGUGGAACUUGCACAGCUUCAGAUGGUUUCUACAAUCACGCAAGGAACGAAGGAUGAAUGGUGUACAAUACUCUUCAUGGUCCUCUACUUUUUUAGUAUGGCAUCGUCAAUCUGGUGGGUCGUAUUGACACUCACUUGGUUCUUGGCUGCCGGUCUGAAGUGGGGUCAUGAAGCCAUUGAGGCGAAUUCCCAAUACUUUCACUUGGCAGCGUGGGCGAUUCCUGCAAUUAAAACCAUCACGAUCCUGGCCAUGGGGAAAGUAGAAGGUGACAUCCUGAGCGGCGUGUGCUACGUGGGGGUGUGGGACGCAGAGUCGCUGCGCGGCUUCGUGCUGGCGCCGCUGUUCGCCUACCUGGUGCUGGGCACCGUGUUCCUGAUGGCGGGCUUCGUCUCGCUGUUCCGCAUCCGCACCGUCAUGAAGCACGACGGCACCAAGACGGACAAGCUGGAGAAGCUGAUGAUCCGCAUCGGCGUCUUCUCCGUGCUGUACACGGUGCCCGCGCUCGUCGUGCUCGCCUGCCUCUUCUACGAGCAGGCGCUCUUCGACAGCUGGAUGAUGACCUGGAGCCGCGACAUGUGCUCCAAGAGCGGCAAGUACGCCAUCCCGUGCCCGCCGCCGAGCCCGGACCCGCCCCGGCGGCCCGACUUCGAGUUCUUCAUGAUCAAGUACCUCAUGGCGCUCAUCGUCGGCAUCACGUCCAGCUUCUGGAUAUGGUCCGGCAAGACGUUCAACAGCUGGCGGGAGUUCUUCCACCGGCUGCAGGGCAGGCCGGCCCAGGCGUACGUGUGAAGGCGGAAUUCUCUGCCCCUGUUACAGAGAAUUUCAUCAAUGCAGAGGGGGAAAGGGUUUUCAUUGAAAACCCUGGUGACCCAUCUGGAAGGAGUACAGCACAGCAUCUGUUUGCGUUACUAUUUACAAAUUAGCAGAUAUCCUCUUAUUGUAGCUGGGAAGACACUUUCUCAAACGUCUUCACUUGCAAAAAGUGCUGUGGUCAUUGUAAAUUUUCUGUUUUGCACGAGUCACGAAAUGUUAUAGUGCUCGACAGCUCAUUACUCAGUUUCCCCUAAAAGAUGAAAAUCGUUCCUUUUCAUAUGUACAAAACGUGUAUUGCAUCUCUUAUUCUUUCUGUACAUACCGACGUAGCUUCCUGUGUAGCUUCCCAGAAUUAUACUGUACCAGUGUAAAAAUGGCUGUAAUCUUGUUGUCAGUGUUUCUGUGUUUGUUCAGGGUAAGUGGAAGUGUGAAGAAAUUACAUGCCCUGCCAUGCAAGGCAUGUGUGUCUGGCAGUGAGGUUAGUGCUGUGGCCAGCUCUGCUUCACGCAAUCCAGUGGGGGCUAACAGCAUACUUAACACACAUCGUAUCGGGUAAACCCUCGUUCUUCUGUAAUAUUAUCUUCUAUGACUAAGGAAGGUGAGGGAGUGUCGAUUGAACGUGCCUCGGCAAAUGACCCGUUGUUGCUCCAAUCACCUGCUUUGACUGGUGGGUAUACAACUCACAUCCAACAAUUAUGUAUGUUACAAUUUGUAUGUUCCUGUAAUUAUCAUGUGUGUCUACAUGUUUAACAAUGUAUGUGCAUGGCAAAAUGUAAUUGUGUUAGUGCCCUCACCAUUUUACAAACAAUCCUUAUCACUGUCUGCAAUGCAAACUUUAAUCAGAAUUAUGGCAUGGCCGUCUGGCAGUAUUAUGAAAUAUUUGCAAAGAUUUAACUCAAAGUAAUUCGCCGGGCAUAUGAAAAUAAGUUUCCAGUCACUUUUGCAGUAUUUAAGCUAUUCUUUGGUUAGGUAUGUUGCAAUCAUUGUUGCUAGUAUCCUUACAGACGGGCAAACCAAUUAGUGCUACUACACAUUCUCUUUAUCAUAUGUACAAUCAUUUUCACCAUAUAGUUGCUUUAUUUGUCUCAAAAAUAUUCUGUGCAAUGAUGUAUCCUCUGUGCUUACGAACAAAAUAUGUUCUGAUGAAGUAGUUCAUUCUUUUUUAUUGUUUCUCUUUGACACAGAUUUUCCUUUCAUUUUGAUGGGCAUUUUAAAGCUUCAAUAUCAUCACAUUGCUCUUGUCCCACUAGUAUUGAUGAAUAAAUGUGCUUACAGAAAUAAAAGACUAAUCAUGGUGGGAAGGAAGGGGACAAACAUUGUAAGACUGAAAAUGGAAAGGUUUUGUAUGAUGUCAUGAGCCCCCCUUUAUUUGUCAUUUAUCUUUUGAUAGGGGAAGAUAUAUUCCAAUCCAGCGUAAUCCUGAUACAAUAACUUCAACCCUCUGUUAAUCAGAUACCUGCACGAAAUGUUUUUGUGACUUCAUUUAUUAGAAUUUCUCAACAUUUUGUUAAAAUCCAGUGGUACAUGGAAAACGUUUUUAUACUGCAGCAAAUACAUAAUGUUAAGUGUUUUUGUGAUAGUUUUACGUGCAAGUCACAAGCAGAUAGUUACAAAGAAGGAUUUGUGCUAUAGUAUUUUAAUGCCUGAAAAUUUUCAAUUGAGAAAACACAAAGCUGGAUUUGAAAGUCAGAAUGUUAUUGCAGUGGAUUAGUGCAUUCACCAGGAGCAACUUCAUUGUAAUUAAGAAGAGAAUUUAUGGUAGAAGUAUAUAAUUUAUCUUAUUUAUUAUACACAUCUGGUUUCACCAACUAAAAUUUACAGGUGUGCCACAGAUUGACGUGUAACUCAUAGCUUUAUGAAAGCCGACCAUUUGAUACAAACUGCAUUAUUUUAUUAUCACACAAAUAUUUGGUAAUUAGUCAAAUUUUAAUGAACUGCAUAAUUAUGAGGGUUAAUCAUGCCUACAAAAUCUGUUAAAGAAGAGUAAAUAUAUGUUCAAUGUUAGUGGUUCUGCUGAUGUCAAGGUUUUCAGACAGAUGGUUACAGUUAAUAUUUUGUAUAGAAAGAAAGGUGCAUUAGAGUCACAAAUAUAUUAUUUAGAUUUUAGUUAUUAACAGUUCUGAAAUUACUGAAUGUAAGUUAAUUUCUGCCAGCUUUUCCAGCUGCAAAGCCUUAUGUUUUUGAAAUAAUAGUGCCUUAUUUCAGAGUAUUCUGGAAGAUUAAAGUACAGUUCAGGUAACUUUUGUUGAAAAUUUAGUGAAGAGCUGCAUUUUAAAGCAAAAGUAGUAUUUAAAUUUUUGCUGAUACAAUGUAUUUUUAAAAUACUAUUAACUAUGAAAUGUAUAUAUUGUUAGAUUUUUAAAAAAACAAUGUGUCUUGCCAUAUGAUACUGCCAGUUUCAGACUUUUUUACCAUUACAAGGCAUUGCUUUGACUGUAGACUCACUAUAAAUUUAUAAUACAUUUGAAUUGUGAUUGUUAGUAUCUGACAAUGUACACAUUGAUAAAUUUUAUAAUUUUUUGUAUACAUUAUUUUUUGUCUUUUAAUGUAUGCCUAAAAAGCUAUAUAUCAUUAAUAUAAUUCCAAAAGUAGUCAGAACAUUCACACAUAUCUUUGUUUAUUUGGAGCAUUAAAUUUGCAAACGUCAGGACUAAUUAGAUUCUCAAGGCAUUAAUUUCAAAUUUAUCUGUGUAAGUCGCUGGUUUAUUGGGGGACUGGAAGGGAGCACUUAUAGAUAUUGGCAACGUUUUACCCCAAAUUAGUACAAAAAAAUCAUUUCACUGCCAAUAGCUUUUACUUUUUUGUAUCAACUUGCCUUUAGUUCAGUGUUUAAGCUUUCAGAAUUACUGUUUUCCCUUUAUAUGUCAAACAAAAUGCUUAUUGCAUUUCAUGUGAGGGUCAGUAUCCUAUAAGGAACAACUGGAACAAAUAUCUGCCAAAUUGUAGCAUUCAGAGAGUGAUUUCUUUUUGUUUCCUUGUACCUGUGAUGGACUGAAGAAUCCAUUGCUUAAUGGUUAUUAUCUGUACAGUACUCCUCUGCUUGUAUUGAUGUUUUACACAUAAUACCUCACUUGUAAAUAUAAUGUAUAUACCAUGUAUAUUCAGUGUAAAAGAUGUUACAAUAUGCAUGUAAAAAUGUGUUCGAUGUGUGUGUGUAUAUAUGAAACAAUAUAGUGCAUAAACAAUUGUAAAGUAUUUAAGUUUCUAAAACACAUAAAGCACUGUAUUGUAAUUGAACUUAAGUAUUUGUCUUCUAUAUUUUGUUUUAAGUCUCUCUGUUUCUGUCAGACUAUAAUUUACAACAUAAAUAAAUAUUUAUUUAAUACUAUUAUGUACAUCUGUAGAAUGCAAGUCGUAUCCUCAGAUGAUUUCACACUACUGCCCAGAAUACGAUAAACUAAUUGUUAUUAAAUAACAGCAACAAAACAAUACAUUAUGUAUUUUUAACAGUGGCUUGUCUAGUCUCAUUUCAAAAUCAAUAAUUAUAUACUUGUUUAAACAAAUGUAAAAUCUUUUAUAGCCAUUCAGAACUUCUUGUCAUCAAGUCACACUUAAUCUCAAGUGGCAUUUUAUUAAAAUUACUGUUUUAUAGCUCUUAGUCUGACUCAAUGUUCCUUCUUGUCUUGUAUUAUUUAUAUGAAAUUCUCUGUUUUUUUUAUUUCUGUUAAAUCUAUAGACAAGACCAUAAAAAUAA